AAAAGAGUCAGUACUAUAUUCUUCUUCUAUUCUGCAUCGUCUUCUCCAAUAAUGAAUUCUCUUCCUUCCCCUAGAAAAUUCCGCAAACCCUAGAGAAAGAAAAACAGAGAGAGAGAAAACAGUUGAUAAGAUUUCUAGAGAGAGACAAAAAAAAAUACUCCGAAUCUCUCUAAUCUCAUCGCAGCAUUUUUUUCCAUUGUUGCGAUACGAGAUCUCUGAUGAAUGAAAACCUAACGAUCUAUUAAAGAUGAUUUCAAAUCCAAGCCUAUUGUCGUACACAUGCAUAGCGAAAGGAACCGUCGUCCUCGCAGAGUUCGCUUCGAAGGAAGAGCCGGGAAUCGAAGACGUGGCUUUACGAUGCAUCGAGAACACGCCUCCUCACCAUUCAAUGUUCUCACACACAGUUCGCAAGAAGACCUACACGUUCGCGAUCGAUGAUGAGGACUCGUUCGUCUACUUCGCGAUUACGGACGAAGCUGUGGAGAAACAUGAAUCCUUCCGGGUCCUGAACCGGUUGAGAUCAGCCGUUGAGGAUCUGAUCAGAGUCGGUGGAGGAUCCGAAGCCUUGAUGGAUCCUUCUCCGCGUUGUCUCCAAGCGAAGAUGGAUCCGGUUUUCGCGGAGAUAGUCGGCGGUGGUGGUGUCGACGUGGAUUUGGAAUUGGACAUGGAUUUGGUCGUGGCGAGGGAGAGUCGGAACCUGAGUAUUGAUUCCACGAAAGGGAGGAGAGCGGCUUUGAUUCCGCUUCUGGGGAAGCCGUUGAAGGCGUUGAAGAAGAAGAAGAGGUUGUUGCAUGCGGGAGAUUCUGGUGACGUCGGUAUGGUCGAUGGGGCGUCGGAGAAGAAGGUUGAUUUGUGCGGGAACGGCAACGGUGGAGUGUCGCGCAAGGAACUGAGGAAUGGGUUGUUGACUGAUCAUCAUAAGGCGAAACAGAUGUGGAAGAAACAUGUCUGGGUGGUUUUGAUGUUCGACUUCUGCAUCUGUGCGGCUCUGUUCGGAAUCUGGCUUUGGGUUUGUCAAGGUUUUCAAUGCGUCAAUGGCUAAAGUAAUGUACAUCUGUUGUUUUCAAUCUGCAUCAACAUUUUUCACUUUCAUUCUUUUGCAUCUGGGUUACUCGUUUUCUGGAUCGAAACUGAUCCCUUUUUUUUUAAUCUUCUUUAUUUUUAAGAUCACAGAAUGUGUUGUUUACAGGAGGUUGACUCUCCUGGCUUUACAUGUUAGUGAUAUGUUCAUUGUACCGACAAGCAACAUGUGUUUGUUGUAUUGUA